UAAUAUUCCCACCACAAACACAUAAAAACACGCAACAGACAGACGGACACAAAUCGCUCAAAAUCCCGUACUGGAUCCAUAGAUUCCUAUUUCCUCACCAUUACCAACUUCCUCUCUCUCAUAUACUUUCCAAUUCCCAUUUUCCUCUUCCUCUGCUCCAAUGGCGGACCACGAUCUCGAGUCGCCUCUCCUUUCGUCUCAGCCGUCCGAUCACCCUCACUUCGUCGUUGACAUCGGAGAAGACAACGAAGGACCGUCAGGAAACGGAAUCGAUUGCUCCAACAACGACGACGGAGACGCACGCUCCGAUUCUUCUCGGAACCCUUACGCGUUCCUCGGAUCGGACUGGUUCGACGUGCCGCGCCAGUCGACAGCUAACCCCUUCCGCAACCACACGCUGAUGAUCAGCGGCGUCUACGAGUGGCUAAAGAUAUUAGUUUGCUUGCCCAUCGCGGCUCUGAGGCUCGCGCUUUUCGGGAUUUGCCUCGCGAUCGGGUAUUUGGCGACCAAAUUGGCUCUCCAAGGUUGGAAGGACAAGCAGAAUCCGAUGCCCAAGUGGAGGUGUAGGAUCAUGUGGAUUACUAGGUUUUGUGCCCGCUGUAUCCUCUUUUCUUUUGGCUACCAUUGGAUUAGGAGGAAGGGGAAACCUGCUCCUAGGGAAAUUGCUCCCAUAGUGGUUUCUAACCAUGUAUCGUACAUUGAACCUAUUUUCUAUUUCUAUGAAUUGUUUCCGACCAUUGUGGCAGCAGAGUCCCAUGAUUCCUUACCUUUUGUUGGAACUAUUAUCAGAGCAAUGCAGGUCAUAUAUGUUAAUAGAUUCUCACCAUCAUCAAGGAAACUUGCAGUGAAUGAGAUAAAGAGAAAGGCGUCUUGUGAUAGAUUUCCUCGAGUUCUUCUAUUUCCUGAGGGAACCACUACAAAUGGAAGAUUCUUGAUUUCAUUCCAACUAGGUGCAUUCAUCCCUGGUUAUCCAAUCCAACCAGUUAUUGUUCGCUAUCCCCAUGUACACUUUGAUCAGUCUUGGGGGCUUAUAUCUUUAACAAAGCUGAUGUUUAGGAUGUUUACACAAUUCCACAAUUUCAUGGAGGUAGAGUAUCUUCCACUUGUUUCACCCCUUGAUCAUGAAAAAGAAAGCGCUGCACACUUUGCGGAAAGGACUGGCCAGGUUAUUGCAACUGCAUUAAAUGUUGUACAUACAUCUUAUUCCUUUGGGGAUUUAAUGCUUCUAAUGAAGGCAGCCGAGUCCAACCAGGCCGAUCCCUCAGCGUACAUGGUUGAAAUGGCUAGGAUGGAAUUGCUACACCAUAUAAGUAGCUUCGAAGCUGUAGAACUUCUGGAAAAGUUUCUGUCCAUGGAUCCAGACCCCAGUGGUCGCGUUAAAUACCAUGAUUUUGUGAAGGUUCUAAGACUCAAGACUUGUACUUUAUCUGAGGAGAUAUUUUCAUUCAUUGAUGUGGAGAAAAGUGGAUCGAUCACAUUUAAGCAGUUUUUAUUUGGAUCAACAAAUGUCAUGAAUCAACCACUAUUCCGACAAGCCUGCGAACUAGCCUUCACCAAAUGUGCUGCUAGAGGAAAUGAUUGCAUAUCGGAGCAAGAACUAGGAGAGUCCAUCAGAUUAGCAAUUCCGGAGUUGAAUCAGGAUGAGGGCCAUGAGCUGUUUGUUCUAUUUGAUACCAAUAGUGAUGGAAAAAUCAGCAAGGAUGAGUUUUUAACCUGCCUGAGAAAGAACCCACUGCUGAUUGCGCUUUUCUCACCUUGUUUGCUACAGAAGGAUCUUUUGGAAGGUAGUAAUAGGUUGCGGGAGGAGAUUAUGUAGUAGCUGCAUUUUCAAUUCAUUCUGCACCUUUUUGUGUCUGUAAUAGUUGGUUUUACUUGACGGAGGGAGAAGGAAAGUAUAAGUAUUAGAGUGGGGCAUCAAUAUUUUUUCUUUCCUGCCCCCAGAAAUGCUCGUAAUACGGCCUUAAUACUUGGGUGUCUUAAUAUUUAAUCUCAUGUCAUUCUUUAUAUACUGGAAUUAGACAAAUUGCAGGUCGUGGUUUUUGAAUGAUUUGGUUAUCAUGGUCCAAUGCUUUCGAUCACAUAAUGAAAUUUUGAUGGUCUUCUUUUAGAUAUACUCUAAAA